AUGCUACUCGUACUUUUCACCGUAAUGCUCAUAUCACAGACAGUUGAGAAAGGGAUGUCUUCGACAGAAUUUGACGGACUUGUGUGCUUAUAUUUUGUUAUAAAAGGUGGAGACAUUAUGUGCUCUUUCGCGAAUUUCGGGACCUAUAAAGGGUUCAGUGCUGGCUCGUGCACUUUGGAUUGCACGCUGGGUAACCGUUAUGUCAGACUGCCCAAUGGGACAUGCAGCAGGACAGGAACAUUGUCAUGCAAGCCGGAAGUCCUUGAAGUACUGGUGAAAUGGAAGUUGGAUUUGGAAGAGAUGGUGAAACCUAAAAAAUAA